AUGUGCGUGUUGUUUCAAGACGCCGGACGUGUUGUAAGGCCGACAAACAUAGAAAAAACAAUCACUUGUUCUAUCCGGAUGACAGCCAUCGUCUUUGCGAUCACCAAGUAUUGCAUUUCAUUCAAACCUUUUUUCAUCAUUCUUUUGAAUUCUUCCUCAUUCAAUUUCUCUCUUCUUUUCUUUUCUUUUCUUUUCUUUCUUUCUUUUUCGAAUGCGUCCUCAUCCAUUUUCUUUAAUUCGCGUUUCUUUCUUUUUCUUUAUAAUUCUUCCACAUUCAGUUUUUCUCAUACACUUUCUUUUCUAUCUUUUUAUCAUUCUUGCUUUCUACCUCAUCCACAUUUAGUUUUUCUCAUACACUUUCUUUUUUAUCUUUUUAUCUUUCUUUCUUUCUACUUCUUCCGAGUCCAGUUUUUCUCAAACACUUUUCGUUCUUUUUCUUUAUUUCUUUCUCUCUUACGAAUUAUUCCACAUUCUGUUUCUUUCUUCCUAUUUCUUUCAUUCUCCUUCCUUUCAUUCAUUCUCCUUUCUUUCUUUCUUUCUUUCUUUCAAAUUCUUCCUUAUUCAUUUUCAUUCAUUGCCUUCUUUUUUUUUUUACAUUUAGAAUUCUCUCCCAUCCAGCUUCUCUUUGCUUUUAUUCUUUCCUUAUGUCUUUCUAACCUUGUUGUUCCGUUCAUUUUCUUCGCCUUUUAG